CUGUCAGGUUGAAUGCUAAUGUACGCAUGCGCUCUAAAUUCUAUCGUUCUAUAUCCUAUGUCUUUUUUUGUGUUACGAACGUUGAAAUAUUUCUAAUGUCGUCAGUUUCUUGGAAUAAUAACCCUACCUCAGGGUCGGAAACACCAGAAAGUUCUGAUAAUGUAAUGUAUCCUAAUAAACCAGAAUGGGAAACUGCUCGGAAAGCAUUGGAGGCUGUAAGUGGUUUAAAGUUAAAAACUGACACUGAUAGCUGCAAAGAUACUAGUCCGACAAAAGCUGCUGUCCUUUCAGCUCAACAAAGUCUUGGUCUGCCGGCCUCUGUCUUACCCUGUCAACCAAUGCCUCCUCCUCCACCUCUUCAGAGUCCUCACCCAGCUGGUAAUGUUGGCCACAACAUGCAACAAAUGCCACCACCACCACCACCACCCCAUCCCAACAUGAACUUACCUGACCAGUCUAACAACAGCAGCAGCAACAACUUCUACUACAACAACAACUAUAAUAUGUAUUCUCAGUAUCCUUAUGGACAGUAUUACAAUAUGCCACAACAAUAUGGUAAUGUACCACCCUAUGGCCAGUAUCAACAGAAUCAUCCAGAUAACAGACCACCUAACCAGGUACCUCCUCCACCUCCUCAUAUGGUUCUCCAGCAGCCAUUACCUCCUGGCACUGGAGACAACAUAGAUCAGCAGCAGCAACGGCAACACAUGCAGCAGCCACCUCCACCACAUAUGCCAACCUCACUUCAUCUUCAACAGCCACACCUUCAUCAACAACAGUCACAGCCACACCUUCAACAACAGCCACCACCUCAGCAUUACCAGCCAGAUCAACAGUCACCACAACAGUCUUCUCAACAACAGCAGCAGCAACAACAGCAGUUGUCACCUGGCCACCAGUACCACAAUACUGAUUAUCCUUCAAAUAUGCCAAGGUUUCAAAUGGCCAAGAAUAAACUAAGGAACGCAAAUGCUCUGGGCAUUCGUUUUCAGAUCUCUAAACGUCACAAUGUACAGAAUACCAAUGCCAUUUCAAGUUACCGAACAAAAAUGUUCCCUCAACAGCAGCAACAAUCACAGCAGAAAAUGUGUUCUCCUCAUCCUGGAAAGCAGCAACAGCAACUGUCUAAUUAUCAAUCAAGUCCUGAGAAUAAUCAAACAGAAGAUAAUUCCUCCAAUGCUGAACCAAAAUCUCCAGGUAUCGAGAAGGGAGAAUGGCCUCCUUCUUUAAAAGAUUAUGUGCAAAGAGCAUUUGCCAGUGUUAAUGAAGAAAACCAGAAAGAUGAAAUGGAAAGAUGUCUAAAGAUGAAGUUAAAGGGCAUAUUUGAUGACCAAACUCCAUGGAAUAUUGACUGGUAUAAAGAACCCUUGCCUGAUAUAUCUUGUUUAGAGAAGCGCAAACGAAGUCGGUGGGAAAGAGAUGAUCCUGAACCAUCAAACAAUCGAUCAUCAGUGCGUUGUCCUUACAAUGGGGACAGAGUUCCAACCUAUAGGACAUCUCGUUCACGUUCACGUAGUAAAUCCAGAAGUCGUUCACGUUCCCCAGCUGCUGUAGUAGUUUCUGUCAGAGACAAAUAUUCACGAUCUGUAGCACGAAAGCACAGAAGACACAGCAGUGACAGUUCUAGUGUCUCUGACGACAGUAGCUCAUCAGAGAAGUAUGUGAGCAAACAUAGUUUUGGCAACAAAAACCGAGGUCGAGGACGUGGUCGUGGUGCUCGAGGUAGAGCUUCACGUGGACGUUUUAGAGAGGAUUCUUAUGGUGGCAAAAAAGGAAAGAAAGACAGAGACUUGACUUUUGAGUAUGAUGGCCCUGAUAAAGAAGAAAAGCUGCAACGAAGAGCUGCACGAUUCGUUGAACAUUUAAAUAAUUCUUCAGACUCUAAGAGGUAUCGUCAAACACUGACUCUCACUAUCAAUAACUUUACCACCACUGGAAGUGAUGAUGAGCUUGACAUGGAUGGUUGUGUCAUUGUUGGUGAAUGUCAAGAUUUAGAGAAACAAUAUUUCCGUUUGACCACAGCCCCUGAUCCUUCAACCAUACGCCCUACUGAAGUUUUGAAACGAUCCCUAAUUAUGGUACAGGAUCAUUGGAGAGCUAAAGCUGACUAUAACUAUGCUUGUGAACAGUUGAAAUCAAUUAGACAAGAUUUGACAUUGCAAGGAAUAAGAGAUACAUUUACUGUCAGAGUGUAUGAAACUCAUGCACGCAUUGCUAUGGAAAAAGGAGAUCAUGAAGAAUUUAACCAGUGUCAGACCCAAUUGAAGCUACUCUACCAUGAAGGACACCAUGGAAAUGUUGCGGAAUUUACAGCUUACAGAAUACUUUACUACAUAUUUACAUCAAACACAUUGGAUUUAACAACUGCAUUGGCAACUCUCAAAUCAAAUCAUAGAAAAGAUGAGUGUGUCUAUCAUGCAUUAAAUGUGAGAUCUGCUUGGGCACUUAAUAAUUAUCAUAGGUUUUUUAAGCUCUACCGGUGUGCACCGAAAAUGUCUGGUUAUCUUAUGGAUUGGUUCGUGGACAGAGUUAGAAUAUCAGCGUUAAAAACUAUUGCGAAAUCGUAUGUAUCCGACAAGCUUUUCAUGCUUUGUCUUUAUUUCUUCCUCUCUUGCUGCAUACUCAAUAAAUGUUUUGAUUUGUUCUUAAUAUUUUGGGUAUUUUAUACAAACCAAAGAGUCUUUAAGGAAUUGUUUGUUUGUAUGAUUAUACAUACAUUAUAUAUUUAUGAAAUUUUAUAGUUUUAAUUAAAUGCAUUCUUGUAUGUAAUAUAAAUUAUUACAGUGGAAAAUUUUGCUAUUUAAGAUUAUUAUUCAUCCUAAUAUUUAGGACUCAUUAAUUAUUGAAAAACUUAAAUCAUUUAGUUAAAGUUACCCAAUUAUGUUUCUUAUUUUAUUUAACCUGUAAUACUGUGAAACAUUCUAUCUUUAUAUCUUAUAUUGUUUUAUAUUUCAAGUGGUUUAUUAUGAUGUCUGUGUAUUAAAUUAUAAUUGUCAACUUAAUGAUUAACUGUUGUGUUUGGCAGGAAGUUUUAAAUGUGUAAAGUUAGUUAGCUGUAGUAUAUCAAAGAUUAGGUAAAUUCUGUGACAUGUCUAUAUAUUUAACUCCCACUCUUGUGUGUGUAUAUAAAAUGUAUUAUUUUAGAAUACUUUGUUGAAUGUCUUCUUGAUAGUCUUAUAUUAUUAAAUAUAUGUAAAUAUUGUGUAUUGUAAAUGGAGAGAUAUUUGGUGAAUUAUUGUGUUGUGUGUUUGGUACAGAAUGUAGAUAAUAUUUUGAGAAAAAGUCGAUGGAUUUCUGGAUUUGAAAGAGAUUGAGUUUAGAUGCCAUAGGCAAUAUUACAAUAUUGAUUAUUGAUGAGUGAGAGUUGUGUGAUGAUGAGAUUACGCCAUUAUAACAAUUAGAAACUUAUAGGAGCCAAUGAAAUAAGUUUUUUUUUUUUUUUUUUAAAGACAUUUUCUGUUACAAGUAUAUCAAUAUUUUCUUAUUAAGUAUUUUAUCAAAAACUGAUACAGAAUCAAUUUUGGUGUCAAAAUCCAAGUCUUAAUAGUUUUAAAACAUUUUGUGUCCAUUCAUUCCAAAAGUAACUUUUAAACUGUUUUAUGGAAACCAAGUAGUGUUGAGGUAAGUUAAUGAUGCAGGGUGAGUAUAAUGUGUUCCAUGGGGGUCAUAGUAAUGUUGUCCUGUCUAAAAUCUCAUCAUCAUUGUUAUAAUUUCUCCAUUUCUCUGUCAGGUAAGUAAAACAGUUUCCCUCCCCACUCUUCAUAUUUUCAACUCUGUAAUUGAUAAUAAUUGUGUGACUUAUUGUGCUAACUUUUUAUGUUUUCUUCUUUUUCAUCCCUGCUGGCCUGUCCGUUUACCCUACUCUCCAAACCACAAUACAAAAUGUAAUAGCUUUCGUCCUAUGCUGCUGAUAACUUACAUCCAGAAUGAAUUGUCAUUUUCUAACCGAGAUGACUGUGUACAGUUCCUUACGGACAAGAAUGUGGUACUAAAUGAUGACUCUACCAAGGUGGAUUGCAAGCAGAGUAUGGCAGC